UUAUAUAUAAAUAGACUCAGACAGCGGAAGGUCGUUGCGUCUGCGUGUACGUGCAGGGAGGUGUUUAAGUCGAGUGUGGCAGCAAGUUGCACGGCUGACCCUGCUCCUGUGAGAAAGUUGAACUAUUAACCCCGGUCUUCUUUCGUGGAAAUACUAUAAGGAGUCUGAGGGCAGACGGCCAUGACGACCCUCCUGCACUGCAUCUCCAGCUCUUCUCUCACUUUGCUCCAAAGAGGGGUUGGUCGGACAUUACCAGCAAGAAGGAAUUUCAGGACUUUCCCUGUGCUAUGGGACCAAAAGGCCUCCAAAGGCGUGCUCUACAAGGAAUUGGUGGUUGGCGUUCCUAAGGAGACGUUCCAGAAUGAGCGCCGUGUGGCGUUAUCGCCUGUUGGCGUCCAAGCGCUGGUCAAACAAGGCUUCAGGGUGCAGGUGGAGAGUGGAGCCGGUGAGGACUCAAAGUUCUCUGACCAACAGUACCAAGAUGCAGGUGCCAGCAUCACUGAUGUCAAAGGAGCCCUUGGAUCAGACCUGGUCCUCAAGGUCCGGGCCCCCAGUUUGAGUGAGGUUGAGCUUCUGAAACCAAUGUCCACUCUGGUGAGCUUUAUCUAUCCGGCUCAGAAUCCAGAACUGAUGAGCAAGCUGUCUGAGAGGAGGAGCACUGUGUUAGCCAUGGACCAAGUGCCCAGAGUCACCAUCGCUCAAGGCUAUGACGCUCUCAGCUCCAUGGCCAACAUCGCUGGGUACAAAGCUGUGGUUCUGGCUGCCAACCACUUUGGUAGGUUUUUCACUGGCCAAAUUACUGCUGCAGGAAAAGUACCACCAGCUAAGGUUCUUGUCAUUGGAGGAGGCGUAGCUGGUUUAGCAGCGGCAGGAGCAGCCAAAUCAAUGGGAGCAAUAGUGCGAGGAUUUGACACUCGACCAGCAGCUCUGGAACAAUUCAAGUCUUUCGGGGCAGAGCCUUUAGAAGUGCAAAUCAAAGAGUCCGGCGAGGGAGUUGGAGGCUACGCCAAAGAAAUGUCCAAGGAGUUUAUUGAGGCUGAAAUGGAGCUAUUCGCCAAGCAGUGUAAAGAGGUCGACAUUGUCAUCAGCACUGCCCUGAUUCCAGGAAAGAGGGCUCCUAUUCUGAUUAAGAAGGAAUUCAUAGAGUCCAUGAAGGAUGGUUCUGUGGUGGUGGAUCUGGCCGCAGAGGCUGGGGGCAACAUUGAGACCACCCGCCCAGGAGAGCUCCACAUUCAUAAGAACGUGACCCACGUUGGCUACACGGACCUGCCCAGCCGUAUGGCCACCCAAGCCAGCACCCUGUAUUCCAACAACGUACUGAAGCUGCUGAAGGCCAUCAGCCCCGAUAAGGAGUACUUCCACUACGAGCCCAAAGAAGAUUUUGACUAUGGAACAAUGGAUCACGUCAUCCGUGGGACGCUUGUGAUGAAAGACGGCCAGAAUAUGUUCCCGGCACCCCUCCCUAAGACAGUACCACCACCCCCAGUGAAACAGAAAACCGUUGCCGAGUUGGAAGCUGACAAAGUGGCUGCUGUUUCUCCCUUCCACCGCACCAUGACUUCUGCUGGUGUUUACACUACAGGUCUAUCCACCUGUCUGGCCCUGGGGCUCAUCUCUCCCAACGCAGCAUUUACACAGAUGGUGACAACCUUUGGGCUGGCCGGGAUUGUGGGAUAUCACACUGUGUGGGGCGUGACCCCCGCCCUGCACUCUCCUUUGAUGUCUGUCACCAAUGCCAUCUCAGGUCUGACAGCAGUAGGUGGUCUGGUUCUGAUGGGAGGCGGUCUCACACCUUCCACACUGCCUGAGAGUCUUGCCUUGGCUGCUGCAUUUAUUUCGUCCAUUAACAUUGCUGGUGGUUUCCUGAUCACCCAGAGGAUGUUGGACAUGUUCAAGCGUCCCACUGACCCCCCUGAGUACAACUACCUGUACAUGCUGCCUGGGGCCGCAUUUGUUGGGGGAUACGGCGCUUCUGUAGCAGCUGGAUACAGCAUUGAACAGAUGAUGUACUUGGGCUCGGGUCUGUGCUGUGUUGGUGCUCUGGCUGGCCUUUCCGCACAGGGCACCAGUCGUCUGGGGAACGCGUUGGGCAUGAUGGGAGUUGCAGGGGGCAUUGCCGCUACCCUCGGUGCCCUCAAGCCUUCACCAGAACUGUUGUCACAGAUGUCCUUGGCCAUGGCCACUGGGGGAACUCUGGGUUUGACAAUCGCCAAGCGUAUCGAAAUCUCCGACCUGCCUCAGCUUGUGGCGGCGUUCCACAGUCUUGUGGGGUUGGCGGCGGUUCUCACCUGCAUUGCCGAGUACAUGAUAGAGUUCCCCCACCUUGAUGCCCACCCGGCCGCUGGUGUGCUCAAGACGGUGGCGUAUUUGGGCACUUACAUCGGAGGAGUCACCUUCAGCGGAUCGCUGGUGGCUUAUGGCAAGCUGCAAGGCAUCCUGAACUCUGCUCCUCUACUAUUGCCGGGACGUCACAUGAUGAACGCCGGACUGAUGGCAGCAUCGAUGGGAGGCAUGGUGCCCUUCAUGCUCAGUUCUAGCUACGGCACUGGAAUGGGAUGUCUAUUGGGAGUGUCUGGUCUGUCCACUGUUAUGGGUGUAACCCUGACAGCAGCCAUUGGAGGUGCAGACAUGCCAGUGGUCAUCACUGUUUUGAACAGUUACUCUGGUUGGGCUCUCUGUGCUGAAGGCUUCCUACUGGACAACAACCUCAUGACCAUCGUUGGUGCUUUGAUCGGCUCCUCCGGUGCGAUCCUCUCCUACAUCAUGUGUGUGGCAAUGAACCGCUCACUACCCAAUGUUAUCCUGGGUGGUUAUGGUACCACUUCCACAGCAGGUGGGAAACCCAUGGAGAUCGUUGGCACUCACACGGAGGUCAAUGUGGACCAGACGAUUGACAUAAUCAAGGAAGCCAGUAACAUCAUCAUCACCCCAGGUUGGGGGUUAUGUGCAGCAAAAGCCCAGUACCCAAUUGCGGACAUGGUGAAGAUGUUGAGGGAACAAGGCAAGACUGUCAGGUUUGGUAUCCAUCCUGUGGCUGGACGUAUGCCAGGCCAGCUGAAUGUCCUCUUGGCUGAGGCGGGUGUGCCGUAUGAUGUGGUUUUGGAGAUGGACGAGAUCAAUGAAGACUUUCCAGAGACGGACUUGACUCUGGUCAUUGGUGCCAACGACACUGUCAAUUCUGCUGCUCAAGAGGAUCCAAACUCUAUAAUUGCUGGUAUGCCGGUUCUGGAGGUGUGGAAGUCCAAACAGGUAGUCGUGAUGAAGCGGACCUUGGGUGUGGGGUACGCUGCAGUAGAUAACCCCAUUUUCUACAAGCCCAAUACAUCUAUGUUGCUGGGAGAUGCUAAGAAGACAUGUGACAGCCUCCAAGCAAAGAUUAGGGAGGUUUACUACUAGGGAGCCCUCACCAGGGGGCUACAUGUAGUUCCUUCUUUCAAAACAAAUAUUUUUGCUUCCAUACCUCAGUAUUGGCUCUCUGUAUGAAAUGCAAUUGAUAACAGUGAGAUGUACAGUAGAUGAAAUUUAAUGAACAAAUGAAGGAAGUGUACUGGUUUGUAAAUAAAGAUAUU